AUGGCCGGGGUACAGCCAGGAACACCAGCCAAGGUAGAGGACAUGUCUUCAUACGUCCCUACCAUCAACAUUGACUUGAAGAAAUCUACGCAGAAUGCUGCAGCUAAGGAACAAGCUGGGAAACCAGAGUCAGAAACUCUAAAUGUGAAUGAUGAUAAUGCAUCGGUGAGGUCCAAUGGAUCUUCCACGUCGUCGUAUAUCCACGAUAAUGAAUUUAUUGCACCUAAAGACUAUUCGAUGUCUUUUCCAUGGAAAAAAAUUGGUGCCUUUAUUGAAGACUCUUCCAAUUUGACACCCGAGGAAUUACACGAGUUUUCAAGUGAUGACAGUGACAACAAAUUGGUCACAUAUAUAUAUGAGAAAUACUAUGCAGAUUUGUAUUGGAACAUGGCGUUGGUUGUGGGCUGCUGUUUUGCCUCUUGGAUGUUUUCAUAUUACGGAUUCGGAUUGUUAUCAUUUUUGUUUGUUUCCUUAUUCACUUUUGCAGCCUAUCGUACUGAAUUUAGAAGAUUCAAUACUAACAUCAGAGAUGAUAUGCAAAGAAUUCAAUCAAAGGAGAAUUUGGAGAAGAAAUUGGAAUCGAUGGAUUGGUUGAACAGUUUCUUAGCUAAGUUUUGGGUUAUUUACAUGCCUGCAUUGUCUGAUUUAGUGAUCUCUAAUACUAAUCUCAUCCUCAAAGAUGUUCAACCACCUCCACCAAUCAUAAAGUUGUCCUUGGAUGAGUUUACCUUAGGUACGAAGGCACCCAAAAUUGAUUCCAUUCGUUCAUUCACUAAACUAGGUAAGGAUUUAUACCAAAUGGAUUGGAAAUUCAAUUUCACGCCAAAUGAUAUAAGUGAUAUGACCCAAAAUGAAUUGAAAAAUAAGAUUGAUCCAAAAAUUUCUCUUGGUAUUAGAAUAGGUAAAGGAUUGGUGAGUGCCUCUUUACCUGUUUUAGUCGAGAAUAUGUCAUUUGUUGGUAACAUGAGGAUCAAAAUUAAAUUAGGUGAUAUCUUUCCACAUAUUGAUGUUGUAUCAAUUUGCUUUCUUGAACCACCAUCUAUUGAUUACGCUUUAAAACCUGUUGGUGGUAACACCUUGGGUAUUGAUGUUAUGUCAGUUAUUCCGGGAUUAUCAUCAUUUGUUAAAAGCUUGAUCAAUUCCAACUUGGCGCCAAUUAUGUAUUACCCAAAUACAAUUGACGUGAAGCCUACUGAAAUUUUACAACCCCCUUCUGCAAUUGGGGUAUUAGAUGUUAAGAUUAGAGGAGUUGAGUAUUCUUCAAAUGAGAAAAUUAAUCCUUAUGUUGAAUAUUCAAUAUCAAGUAACAGUUUGAAGAAAUAUCAGACCGAUAUCAAAUCUAAUACUACAGUUCCUGUUUUCAAUGAAUGGGAGCAUAUUCUAAUUAACGACAUGAACCAAAAUAUAAAUUUCCAAUUGUUCACGGUAUUAAAAAACGGAGACUCCAAAUUACUAGGUGAGUCUAAGUUUGAGUUACAAGAUUUACUUCAAGACUCGGUUCUGGAAAUGAAUGUUGAAAAGCUUACCAAAAAUAACAAAAAUGUCGGAAAAAUUGUGUAUGAUUUGAAAUGGUAUCCUGUUAUUGAUAUUGUCAACUCUGAAGCCGCUGAAAGUUCCGAAAUUGGCAUCAUCAACUUGAAUAUUUUAUCAGCGCUUGGUUUAGACACUUCGUCAUCGAUGAUAGGUAAGCUAUCUACAUUUGUUGAGGUCUACAUUGAUGAUCUACUGAUUGAAAAAUCCAGAAUUGUCAAAGGUAAUAAUCAACCAGAGUAUAAUUUCCAAUUUGAGGACCUAAUUUACCAUCGUUCAACUUCGGUUUUGAAGAUUCUGAUCAAAGACAUAUCUUCAUUCAACGAAACUGUUAUUGCGGAAUACCAAUCGAAAGUUUUAGAUGUCACUUUAAUAAAUAGUGAAAAUAUUGAUGAGGUUAAUCAAAACCAAGUUGUGAAACCGUUCACCAAGGGCAAGGGUAAAUUGAAUUUUUCGGCUUUAUGGAAGCCUCUGGGGUCAAUAUCUGAGAAUGAUGAUGAUGCAGAAAAUGACGUUUCAUUUACUCCACCAAUUGGUAUUUUCAAAAUUGAUAUUGAUUCUUGCGAGAACUUGGAUAAGAUGGAUUCCUUGUCAAAUAUGAACCCAUUUAUUCAGAUUAUAAGCGGAGGUAAAGUUAAGGCAAGGACAGAAGCUAUCGACAGAACUCUAAACCCUGUUUUCAAGGAAGAUUUCUAUAUUUCAGUUUUAUCGAAAAAUCAAAAAAUUAGACUAAAUUGUAUGGAUGCUGAACCUAAGGGUAAAGAAGAUAGAUUAAUUGGUCAAUUGAUCCUCAAUACCAGGUCAUUUUUUGAUGAUCCGGAUUUCCAUAAUAAAGAGGUCUCUAUUUCUAAAGAGUUAUUGAGAAAUGGUAAAGUUACUGGUAAGAUUAAUUUCAAAUUACACUUUUAUCCAUUAAUGGAAGUUUUCUCUCACAACGAGAUCAAACAAAUCCAGAUGUUACAACAAGAAGAAAGCGAAAAAUCCGAAGAUUUGGAUGAGUUAGAAGAGCAAGCCAGGUUUUUGGAAGAUUAUAAGAAACAUCCAGACGAUUAUGAAUGGGUUGAUGAUGACGAUAAUGGGGCCAAACAAAUUCUGGAGGCUAAUAAAAAUAAGGUAAUCAUGUCAUUAGAUGAAGUCGUAAAGUAUAACAGUGGUGUUCUGGGUAUCAAUGUCCUUUCGGGCACGUUGCAUGAGAAACAUUGUUUUGUGCAGUUUUUCAUCGACGACCAUUCAUAUCCAGAUUUUACAACUAGAGGUUCCAGACAUGGUAGAAUUUCAUCUUGUUCAGGGGACUGUUUUAUUCGUGACUUGAAACAUUCUAUUUUGAAUAUUAGAAUUACGAAGAGGGAAAAUCCAAAGUACAGGGAUGACAUUAUCUAUGAAACUGUUGAUUCAUUCAAUGUUUUAGAGCUAUUAAAAUCAGGAUUUGACGAGUCCGUUGAGCUCGACUUAAAUGGCAAUAAGUUAGAUAUCAUUUUUGAAUUUGUUCCUGCAAUCACUGACGAUGCAUUAAACGUCUUUGAGAGUGUCGAAGAUACUGGUUUGCUAACGGUAGGUUUACUACGAGCAAAUGGAUUGCUCUCAGCUGACAGAAAUGGUUAUUCUGAUCCAUACGUUGAAGGUUAUAUCAACCAGAAACACCUAUUUAAGUCUAAAACUAUUAAAAAGACUCUUAAUCCUGAAUGGAAUGAGGUUUUCAAAGUGCCGAUUAAAUCAAAAACUAGACAAUCUUUAACAUUAUUUGUGUGGGAUUGGGAUUUAGCUGGUGAUAAUGAUCCAUUAGGAAAUGUUACUAUCCCUCUCAAAAACCUGCCGGCUAACGAAGAUGUCUUCCAAUCCUUCAAAUUGAAUACGCAAGGUGCAGUUGAAUUGAGGUUGAACUUCCAACCAGGUUAUUUGAAACCCAACUCAAUAUCUUUAUUGACUUCUGUGAAAAAUGAUGACGGACAAAAUAUACCGGGCUUGCAAUCAGUGAAUAACUUAGUUUCAACCACAGGUGCAAUAGGUAAAAUGGGUACCGAUGCUGUCGGUGGUCUGGCAGGUAGUGGACUAAAUAAGCUAAAGAGCGUUUCCAACAUUAGAAAUGGAGGAUCUACUUCUAGCUCUAACGGUGAUGCAGAAACCGUAAAUUCCAGGAAGGGAUUUACUCCACAUUUGCCACAUUUGAGAGCUCCAUUUUCACAUAAAAAAAAACCAUCGUAUGAGUAUCAAGAUUCAAGAAUGAGCAAAGAUUUUGCUUCAUCAGUAAGGAAAUCACAAGAAUUCCCAGCCGGGGAUGUCAACAACACACCUCCCCAACUAAGGAUUCCUUCAUCUCCAGGUAACAUCGAUAAUGGUAAUUAUCUGAAAGGAAGAACAUCGAUGGAUGUGGUUAGUGUCAACACUGCAGCAUUUCAAGGUUCUGCGGCCAUUGCAGGGCGCCUGACUAUUCUAGAUUUUGAAUCUAAACGGCUAAGUAAGGUUAAUUACAGCGUUAAGGUUAUGAUUAGAUCAAAUAAUGGCAGCGAGAAGAAUGUUUACAAAACAAAGAAGAUGAAAUGCGAAGGUGAUGCAGUUAAAUGGCAUGAAAAUGCUAUUUUCAAAUGUGUCCCUAGUACAACUAUGAUUUUCCAGCUGAGAGAAAAUCACGCCUUUGGAAAGACCGAGGAGCUAGCACAAGGCGAAAUCCUACUAGAACAAGUCGCUGGUGUGAAGGAUGAUAUCAGAAUUACAUUAAGAGGUAAGGUUGAAGGCUAUUUGAACGUUAACUUCAAUUACGCUUGA